ACGUUAGCUUCUGCUUAGUCUACGUGUGGCGGAAGAUGGCUGACAGCGAUCCCUUGGCAGCUAAAAGAUGCGACUCUGGCUCCUCAUCCUCCGUGAGCAUGGAGACCAUCUCUACGCUGACGGAGCUGGAGGACCUGGAGAAAGUUUACCAGCAGCUCUGCGCCGAGGAGAGAGAAGUGGAAGUUGAGCUGGACCGGCUGGUGGGACAGGAGGGCUCCAUUCAUACGAAGAUGCUGGCCUUGCAGAGGAUGGGCCCAAAUCUACAGCUGAUUGGAGGAGACGCCAGUCAGCUCUCAGGCAUGAUCACUUUCACAUGCAGCCUGGCUGAAAAUGUCAGCCAGAAAGUCAGACAGCUGGACCUGGCAAAAACACGACUGUAUAAUGUCAUCCAACGUGCUGAUGACAUCCUCGACCUGAAGUUCUGCACUGACGGCGUACAAACGGCUCUACGUAAUGAAGACUACGAACAGGCUGCUGCACACAUCCAUCGAUACUUGUCCCUCGACCAGUCGGUUAUCGAACUGAGCAGGCAGGGAGAAGAAAGCAGCGCCGUGGACGCCAGUCUGGUUUUGCUGCAGGAGGCGGAACAGAAGCUGAAGGUUAUCGUUGCAGAGAAGCUCGAUGAGGCUGUCGCAGCAGUUGACCUCGCGCAGGUGGAGAGGUUUUUCAAGAUCUUCCCUCUGCUGGGCCUCCACCAGCAGGGUCUCGCCCGCUUCGGGCAAUACCUCUGCACUCAGCUGGCCUCCAAAGCUGAGGAGAACCUGUUGUUGGCGACGGGAGGAGACCUGGGCGAGAAACGAGCUCUGUUGAUUUUUGCAGACACGCUGACACUGCUGCUGGAAGGGAUCGCUCGUGUUGUUGAGACCCACCAACCAAUAGUAGAGACGUAUUAUGGUCCAGGCCACCUGUGCACUCUCAUCACUCACCUGCAGCAGGAAUGUGACCGCCAAGCCCAGAAAAUAGUCGAUAAAUUUAUCCAGCAGAGAGGAUACCAGAACAAGUUUCAGAUUGUCCAGAGCAGCAUGAUGAAGAACGUUCCAGGGGAGAGGAUGGAACCGAGGGAGCUGGACCCCGUUCUGACCGAAGUGACCCUGAUGAACGCCAGAGCGGAGCUCUACCUGCGUUUCCUGCGUCGUCGAAUAAUGGCCGACUUUGAAGUUGGAGAUGAUCGGAGCGUCACGCAGGAGCAUCAGCAGAAUGUGGAGAAGCUGCUCAAACACUGUUCACUGAGCAGGACGAUGCAGGAGCUGAUUGGCUACUACAUCCCUAUGGAAGAAUACUACAUGAGGGAGUCUGUCAACAAGGCUGUUGCCAUGGAUACGUAUGAAAAGGGUCAGCUGACCAGCAGCAUGGUCGAUGACUGUUUCUACAUUGUGAAAAAGUGCAUUAGCAGAGCGUUAUCGAGCUCCAACAUCGACUGCCUCUGUGCCAUGAUCAACCACGCUAACUCUGUCCUGGAGUCCGACUUCAGAGAGGUGCUGUACAACAAGCUGCGGCAGGGCUUCCCGGCUACGACGCUGCAGGACAUCCAGCGAGGCGUCAGCAGCGCAGUCAGUCUGAUGCAGAGCAGCAUACAGCAGGGCAAGUUUAACACGCUGGGCAUCGAGAGCUCCGAAAACGCCAAGGCUGCAUUUCUGGUGACUCUGAACAACGUGGAGGUUUGCAGCGAGAACAUCACCACCUUAAAGAGGAACUUGGAGAACGACUGCUCCAAGCUGUUCAGCCAGGGCGCCGCUUCCGGUGAACAAGCCAAGAUUGACAGCUGUCUGUCCGACCUUGUCAGCACUUCUGCAAAGUUCAAGGAUCUCUUACAGGAGGGUCUGAUGGAGUUAAAUACAACAGCCAUCAAGCCUCAAGUCAAACCCUGGAUCAGCAACUUCCUGUCCAUCUCGCACAACAUAGAAGAGGAGGAGUUCAAUGACUAUGAAGCUAAUGACCCCUGGGUGCAGCAGCUCAUCGUUAACAUGGAGCAGCUCAUGGCCGAGUUUAAGAUGGCGCUCUCUCCUGUCAUCUACGACACGCUGACCAGCCUGAUGACCAGCUUGAUCUCUGUUGAGCUGGAGAAGACGGUGCUGAAGUGUUCUUUCAGCAGGCUCGGAGGGCUGCAGUUUGAUAAAGAACUUCGGUCUCUUGUGGCGUAUCUCACGACGGUGACCACAUGGACCAUCAGAGACAAGUUUGCACGCCUCACACAGAUGGCCACCAUCCUUAAUCUGGAGCGGGUAACGGAGAUCUUGGAUUACUGGGGUCCUAACUCAGGCCCACUGACAUGGCGGCUGACUCCAGCAGAAGUGCGUCAGGUUCUUGCAUUACGGAUCGACUUCAGAAGCGAAGAUAUCAAGAGGCUUCGACUGUAACUCAGGAGCCAGAGGAAACGAGAGAAGCGCGACCCACCUGCCGCUCCCUGGUCCUGGAUGCUCUGUAAACAGACGUGUGCGUGGUACCGAUGGACGACGGGAGGAUUUCGGUGACUCUGCCGAUUCUGAAUUUGUUACAGCUGAUCUGUUAAGGACUGGGAGUCUGAGGAUGAACUGAUGUAAAGUGUAAAAAGUGUGAUUAAACUUGUGUGAUGGUAUCACA